AUGUUCUCGAAUGUCAGACCGACUGAAUCAGACAUGUCGUCAGAUCCAUUUCCAGUCCCACGCCUCUAUCUGCCAAACGAAAAAGCAGAAAAUCUUGAAAAAUUACUUACGUUCUUGUAUCCAAAUACGUAUUUUGAGAUUUCUUGGGACGAUGUCUCUGAUUUUUUGUAUCUAGCGGAUAAAUAUCUAAUCGAAAAGUUGAGAAAGGCCUGCGAGGCAUUUCUUUGCAGAGGUUUCUAUGAUGAACCUUUGCAAGCAUUGAAAUUAGCAGAAAAAUAUCGUAUCGCUAGUGUAUACAAAGAAUCAUCCAAGCUCGUACUCAACAAUUUUGAACAUUUCUUCCACAAUGCUGCAGAAACGUCCAUUAUUUCUCCACUCACGAUUAUAAAACUCAAAGUAUCUCGACAAGAAUAUAUCGAGGGACUCAACAGGUUAUAUUCGCGUACGGUUGAUCGCGAAUUUCCCCCUUUAUCAUCUGAACAUCUGAGAAGUAAAUUCGAAGAGUGUGUCAAAGAUAUUUGCACAUUUCCAAUUCCCAAUCCGAGUGACGUAUGGAGCCAAUUACAUGAGGUUGACUGUUCGAGACAUUUUGAAUGUAGAGAGGAGCUUCGAAGGUUGAAGGGAUUCAUUCACGAGAAGAUUGUAGAAUUCUUCGGAGAAUACGAGACUUUAGCUGCGAGGAAAUCAAUGAAUGUAGACGAUAUAGCUUAUUAUCCGUUUAUUGAACUCGGGGAGUGA